AUGAGUAAUGCAUUUAAGUCUGCUGCAGGUAACACAUUGUCCAAGAAUGACUUGGGCCAAACUGGAUAGAGUUUUGCAGGAUCUCAAAACCCCGCAUCUCUAAAGGGCAAACUUAUGAGUUUAGAGGAAACAAUCAAGGGAAUUUAAGAUGAAAUGAACUUCCACAAGAAGGAGGUCCAAAUUCUCAAAUCAGAAAAGGACACUCUAGAAUCUGUUUUGAGUAUGAAGACUCAAGAUGUCAAAAAAACACUUACAAAUGAACUCAUGAGAAUAGAAGAGGAAAUGAAGAGACAUUUUGCUCAUUAAAAGGCUGAGAAUUCAAGAUUACAAUAACAAAUCACUGCUUUGAAGGGCGAAAAGACUGCACUUUAAUAAUAACUACUGGGUCUCUAAAGAAGAAUUGCUGAAUUAGAACUAUAAGUAGGUUAAGAGCAAGGUUGA